UACCAUCAACUUGGACAUGAAAUCUGAUGACAUAAAAGACGUUUUUAGGCUGCAAGGUAAAGACAGAAAUGUUAUAAAUACUCCCAUCAUCGUUGAACUUGGAUCCACUCUUCAAAAAAUUGAUUUAUUACAAAAGACAAAAUCUUUCAAUAUUAAAAAUAAAUACAAACUGCAGGCGAAGCAUCUCGGACUCAAAAUUAAUGAAGACGCCCCUGUUUUUAUAUCUGAACAGUUGACUCCUAAAGGGGCUCGUCUAUUCUUUCUAGCUCGUGAUCUAGUGAGAUCCAAGAAAUUUAAAUAUUGCUGGACGUCUUUUGGCAGGGUAUUUGUGCGACAAGAUGAUAACACCCGAAUUAUUAAAAUCAUCAGCGAAUCUCAGGUACAUCAGUUAAUGCAAGAUGCAUGACUAUUCUCUAUAAUUACUUUCAAAAUUAUAUUAUCUCUUCUAGUGCUAAAAUUCACACAUGUAGUAUUAUUCUCAUGUAAUUAUGAUUCUUUUAUGAUUGUUAAAUACAUAAAUAACUAUACUAAACCAAAAAUCUACACAUUUGCACACCCUUUAUUAUUUAUAGAAACCAAAUUACACAUUAAACUCAUACACAAUACAAAACCUUACACACACUCACUUAGGCAUCAUCUUAAAAACCAUUACACAUUUAAAUUUUUGGGUAUUAUCUACAAAUCUCUUACAAAAACAAAUGAAUUAAAAAUUACGCCAAAAUGCCAUAUAGAUAAUGUCAUUACUACCUUCUGUAGCUACAACGAUUCAGUUAUUAUUGCAAACAAUUAUGGAUAGCUUUAUGAAAACAAUUGAAGAUUUGGACGAAACUGAAAUCGCUAAAUCUGUAGUAUGUAAUAUAGAGGACUUACCUAAAGUAAUGCAGCCUAUACCUAAUUCCAAUUUUACAAUACUAACCCAAAAUAUUAGGAGUAUAUAUCACAACAUUAAUGAUUUACUGAUUAAUAUGUCACAAUUGCCAUUUGAAACUGAUGUCAUAAUAUUGACAGAAUGCAGGUUAAAUGUUAAUAAAGAAAUACCAACAUUGGAUAAUUAUAAACCAUAUAAAAUUAAUCGUCAGCUAAAUCAGAAUGACGGGGUUGUAGCAUAUAUUAAAAAAGACUUAAAAGUGCAAAAAGUAUCCGAAUUAAAGCUAACACAUGCAUCAGGUUUACAAAUCGUUACUUCUGACUUCAUUAUAUUGGGUAUCUAUAGAUCCCCGUCAGUCGCAAACGCUGAUUUGUUUAUUGAUUCCAUAAAUACGCACUUGGAAACUAUAGCCUCCCAUAAGAAUAUUGUUUUAACUGGCGACAUUAAUCUUAACCUAAUUACUAAGCCGACAGAGCCAGCGUAUCAACACAGUAACAGGCAGAAGUACCUAGACAUUUUAUCUUCACAUGGACUCUUGUCCGGUCAUUGUUUACCCACUAGACAGGACAACUGCCUUGAUCAUGUGUUCCUAAAAUUUGAUAAACAUACGAACUCAGCACUUGUAGCAGUACUUAAUACAUCAAUUACUGACCAUGCUAUGGUUUUACUCAGCAUUAAUAAAUCGUACAAGCUAAUUAAUAAGUUUCCUAAGACUGAAUGUACUAUCGAUUACAAGUCAGCUCAUUUAACACUUGUAAACACAGAUAUCUCUCAUUUUAAGACUUGUUAUGACUCAAAUAUUUUGGCUGACAUCUUAAUUGAUACAAUAAAAGCAGCAAUUGAUGCAAAUACUAAAGUUAAACUGGUUAAAAAUAGCAAAAGGAUUUUAAAACCGUGGAUUACCACAGGUGCUUUGCGGUGUAUUAGGCUUAGGAAUAGCAUGCAACUAAAAGCGAAACAAGAACCCGCAAAUGAAGUUUUAAAAAUAACUUUUAAACGUUUUAGAAACUUUUGCACAAAUUUAAUUAGGAAAUUAAAAAGACAGUAUUAUAAAAAUGAAAUAGAAUUAUCUUGUAAAAAUCCCAAAUUACUAUGGUCCAAAAUUAAUGAAAUAACCCAAUUCAAAAGCACUAAAACUUCUAAUGUUAGUCUCCUCGACCUGUCACCAGACCCUCUUGAGUCAGUAAAUAUAGUUAAUAAAUUUUUCGUCAACAUUGGUAAAUCUCUGGCUGAAGAUAUAACUAAUAAUCCAUUAUUGCAACAUGACAAUUCCCUAGAGAUUAAAUCAAGUCUAAACUCAUUUGUUUUAUUGGACUCUGACCCACACGAAGUUUCUGAUAUACUCAUGAGUCUUGAUUCCAGAAGCGCUCCUGGUUGGGAUGGUAUACCAACAUUGUUUCUGCAAAGGUGUAAAGAUUUUGUGGCUCCACUAAUUAGCCAACUAGCCAACCUGUGUUUUAAAACAGGGAAAUUUCCAAGGGCUCUGAAACGUUCACUGGUCACACCGGUAUUCAAGAAUGGAGAGAGAGGCGAUGUCAACAAUUACCGUCCUAUAUCUGUCUUGCCAUGUAUCUCCAAAAUCUUAGAAAAACUUUUGAAUAAAAGACUCCUCAGUUACUUGCACCAUAACAAAAUUCUUUCAAAUUCACAAUAUGGCUUUAGACAAGGUUUAUCUACACAAGACGCAAUAUCUGAUUUAACAAAGAUGAUUAUAGAAAAGGUCGAUCGUGGAGAAAAAUGUCUUGCCAUCUUUCUCGACUUAAAAAAAGCUUUUGACACCGUCUCUGUCCCCAGACUUGUUCUUAAGCUAGAGAGCAUUGGAAUAAGAAGCACGGCUCUUGCUCUCUUUAAAGACUACCUGCUUGAGAGAAAACAAAUGGUUAAAAUUGGCACUAGUGUAAGUCAAGAAGAAUGUAUAUCCUAUGGUGUCCCACAAGGAUCUGUCCUCGGCCCAACUCUUUUCUUAAUAUAUAUUAAUCAAUUGUGUAACUUAAGAAACUGUGGAGGACAGAUCUUCUCAUACGCCGACGACACUGCGGUUGUUUUCUCCGGUAGUUCUUGGGAAAUAGUGCAAAAUGUCUCCGAAAAGGGCUUAGCAGUUAUUGCUAACUGGCUGAGCAUUAAUCUACUAACCUUAAACGCCAUAAAAACUAAAUACAUGUGCUUUUCUCUCGAUCAGAGAACUCAACCGGAUGAUAAGUUUCGGCUCAAGGUUCAUACCUGUGCGAGUCUCAAUAACCAUAGUUGUUUAUGCCCGAGUAUUGAAAAAGUUAGCUGCAUUAAAUACCUAGGUAUUAUGGUCGAUCAAAGGCUCUCCUGGCAUACUCAACUUGAAGCGAUUAUUGGCAGGAUACGUAAGCUUAUCUGGAUCUUUAAAAAUCUAAGGUAUAUUAUGUCUAGUACUUUAUUAAGCAAAAUUUACAUUGUCCUUGCACAGUCCAUACUUACAUACUGUAUUCCUGUGUGGGGUGGUGCAACUAAAACCAAAUUUCUUCACUUAGAGAGAAGUCAAAGGUCACUCUUGAAGGUUAUGUACUUUAAACCAUAUAGAUAUUCAACACAUGAACUAUAUAAAAUGUGUGGACUCUUAUCGAUUAGGAAAUUAUAUAUUUUGAAACUUCUUCUUCACCUUCACCAAAAACUACCUUUUGACCCCAAUAAAGUUAACGUCAAUAAAAGACGUAUGGAAAAAGUUGCACCAUCUCGCGCAGUACGUACUGCCUUUGCUCGUCGUCAACUGACAUCACGGUCUGCUUACUUAUAUAAUACUUUAAAUCGAAAACUAAAUAUAUACCCUGAAAAGUUAUAUGAAUGUAAAAGGAUAUUAACAAAUUUCUUAUCAGAUUUAAGUUAUGAUGAAACAGAGAAACUCAUAGAUAAAAUUGUGUAAGUUCCAUACAUCAUAAAUUAGGUUUACACACUUACCCACACUUACACAACCUCUCUGCACAAUGGCUUACCCUGAUUCCAAGAUUGGAGUCUUAAGGGUUAGUAGAGGAAUACACACACACACACACACGUCCACUUACAUACUCUCACUCUCUCACUCUCUCACACACACACACACACACUAGUAAAGUUUAUUUAGCUUAGCUUAACCUUCUUUUUUGUAAUAAACUUUUUCUUUAUUAAUUAUGUAAGUUUUACUUUUAAACUUGUAACUUUUAAGUCUUAAAAACUGUAAAAUGGGUUGAAGAGCGAGGCAUCCCCAAUACGAGUAUGUAAAUUACUCUCUGCGGCGUCUCAAAAACAUGUAUGAUAAAUUUUUGAGAAAUAAAAGUAUUUAUUAUUAUUAUUAUUAAAAUCGAGCGUAGUUCGGCACCGACACCGGCCCAGUGGAUAAACGGAGCCUGGAUACCGGCGCCGUGCCGAUGGCGGGUGUAAAACCGCCCAUUCUUUUAUAGACGUAAAUUCAGUAAAUGGAAAUAUGCAGGUUGAAGACGAGAUCUGUUCACUAUAACUUUAACUGUUGAUUUCACCUCAUAAAAUAGGUUCACAAUGAUUUAGGCAUAUUCCAUUAUCGGUCUUAUUUUUCAAUGAGAAUUACAUGUAAUCAAUAUUGAAUAAAAAUUAUUCUAUUCUAUUCUAUCGAAGAGUUAAACAAGUAAGCAUAAAAUAAAUAAAUUGAGUUGAAAUCCGUAAAAUUAAUUUCAUAUAACAUAAUUCAUAUAAAUCAAUAGCCAUUACAUUUUAUUAAAUAAUUAUUACUUAGGUAUAUUUAUACGACUUGAUUCUGGGUAUCCAAUGUUCUUGUAUACAUACUACUCACGGUUAUUAAAUCUAUAUAUAAAAUAAUUUCUUAUUUAAACACUGUCAAUUCCAUUUUAACGUAAAAAUUGUUAAUAUUAUGCAUAUUAAAAUAAUUUAAUGAUUGCCAUACAAGCAAUUCAUUUUAUUAACAAAGUUAAUAGGAAAUUUAGAAUAAGUACCACUGGACAAGAUUGUAAUUAUAAAAUAUAUAAUUACAUAAUUUAAAAAUACAACUUAAUAUAAACAUUAUAAAAACAACGUAAACAUGACGCCAAAUAUAUAUUGGUUACUCUUUACCAAAUUCAUAAGUGAUGUUUUCAUAAGAGUUGCAUAAGUGAUAAUAUGUAUUCACUAUGGUAUACUCUUAGACCUACAAAGAAAGAUAGACGGAGCGCUCAGUACAUUGCAAGUGACGACGAAACCAAGCUUUUGGCUAUGCUCAACUUAUUAAGACCUACAUAUUAGAAUAUAUUGGUUUCAGUGAAUAAUUUAAUAUUCCUACUUUUAUAUGUAAAUAAAGUUAAUAACAUUACAAGUUAAUAACAAGCCUUCUGUAUCGUAUCACAUUAAUGAUGGAGUAUAUUAGAAUAAUUUAGCUUAUGAUAUUUCUAUUAAAAAGCAUAUAU